AGGAAAAGUUUCUAUUGACCAAAUAAUUAAACAAAGACCAAAUACUUUUCCUCCCAAUAACACAGGAAACCCACAAAAAGAAAGGAAAAAAAAGUGAGAUCAGAAAAAUGGAGAGGAAGUUGUUUUAUAAAGAAUUGGUGCCAUUCGCCGCCAUGGUUGCGGCGGAGUGCGCCACCGUCGGCUCCAACACCGGCUUCAAAGCCGCCACAGCUCGAGGCCUCAGCUACUAUGUCUUCACCCUCUACGUUUGCAUCGUCGCCGCCGCCGCCCUCAUCCCUUUCGCCUUCUUCUUCCAUAAGUCCGCAGAGCUUCCUCCCAACAAGAUUUUCUUCUUUUUCCAGAUCGUUUGCCUCUCUGCACUCGGGCUUUCUUGUCACUUGCUUGGAAACAAAGGACUUGAGUAUAGCUCACCAACUCUUUCAUCCGCCAUUAGCAACUUAAUUCCAGCUUUCACUUUCAUGUUGGCUGUCUCUUUUAGGAUGGAGAAGAUAGAUUUGAAGAGAAGCAGCAGCAUAGUGAAAAUAGUUGGGUCAGCAGCGUCCAUAUCAGGUGCUUUGGUAGUGGUUUUGUACAAAGGCCCAAUUGUGAUAUCAAACCCAUAUUCUCCCCGCCCAAAACAAUUGGGCCUUCUCUAUCCAAAUCCCCCUUUGGACUCUUCACAUCCUCAGCCCAAUUGGAUCAUGGGCGGCCUUUGCUUUGUUUUUCAGUACCUUUGCAAUUCCUUUUGGUACAUUCUUCAGACCCAAAUCAUAAAAGUAUACCCAGAUGAGAUAAGUGUGGUGGCAGUAUACUUUGUUAUUCAAGCACUUUUAACAGCCAUAGUUUGUUUGAUAGCAGAAACAGAUAUGAAUGCUUGGAAGCUAACAAAUCCACUCCUUUUUCUUCUCAUUCUCUACUCGGGUUUGAUAGGGCAGUGUUUUGUGGCUGGUAUACACACAUGGGGACUAAACGUGAAGGGUCCUGUUUAUGUUUCUAGUUUUAGGCCUUUGUCCAUUGUCAUUGCUGCUGCUAUGGGUGCCAUUCUUCUUGGUGAUGAUCUUCAUCUUGGAAGUAUAAUUGGAGCAAUCAUAAUAUCAAUUGGAUUUUAUGGCAUAUUAUGGGGAAAAGCAAAAGAAGAAGAUUUGAAAGGCUUAGAAGAUGUUUGUGGGUUGGAAUCUUCAUCAAAAGCUCCAUUGUUGCAAUAUUAUAAACUUGAAGAAGCAUAAUUUUUAAACUUGAGCAUAAGUUGAUGCCUUCAAUUUCAAUUCCAUUAUUCAUUUUGAACUAUGAGUCUAUAUUUCAAAAAAAAAAAAAAAAUAGUCUAUGGUGGUGAAAACAUAUUGGGAAUUUAUUCACAUGCCCAAAUAUGUGAAUGUAAUUAAUUAUAUAAAUUCAAUUUAGUUUGUCUAUUU